GAAGUUAUCGAAAAUUGUUAUGAAUCGAAUCUAUUUAUUGAUAAUCGAUUUUAAAUAAUGCUAAGGGUGGGGGUUGAUGAGGUGGAGAUAUCGCCAUUCUGCUCCAAGAAGUUGAAGAACUCAGUGCAGAUAUGGGUCGUCGUAAUAAAAACAACAAUCCACCACCACCACCACCAAAUAAUGAGUUGGCUCCUAGUACCAGCACCAGCAAUCCAAACAACAACCCCGGGAAUGCUCAACCUCAGCCACCCCAGGCCCUGCAGCAGCGAGUGAACCAGAACCAAAACGUCAGGACAAGAUUCUUCAGACCUUAUGCCGUCAAUGUUCCCGGCCAAAUGCGGACAGUGAGACACCCUUGGGACAACAGGGUGCCGCCAUAUCCGUUCCACAGCCAGGCUCUUCCGCAGAUGGCUACCGGAGGUCCUCAGCAAUUCUCUUAUCCUCCCUCACCUCAGAGGUCCGGACCAUCCAGAGGAUCCCAGUCUUUCAUCUAUGCUGGCCAGUUCCCGAGGGCUUUUCAGAUUACUGCAGCAGCUCGGCCUCCUCCUUCCGAGUCUGUCAACUUUCUGCGGAUCGCACCCAGCAGUUCCGUCAGCCUCCCAAGCCGUCGGCAGAGAGGAAGAAGGCAGUCCGCUGAUCAGCGAAGGAACCAACAAGCGGCUUCUGCGAUGAGCAUUGCCCAGCUGCCUGUUAAUGAGGGCGGCGACUUGACAAGGGAGAGUCCAGAACUAAUGCGUGCUCCGCAGCCCAUGGCAUUCCAAGAGAACUAUUGGCAAGUCCAGGAACUGCCGGUAGAAGGCGCCCAGGCACUCCCGCCCCCGGAGUACGGGCUCCAGUUCAUCCCCGUGCCCCAGAACCAGAUGAGCCACCACCUGGUGGGUCCUCAAUCGCAGUUCUACCAGAUGGAGGGCUACCAGGUGCCGAUCUACCAGCCAGUGGUGCAGAGGGCUGUAGUCGGCACUUCGGAGAUCGUUAGACACACUGAGGCAAGAGGACCAGGAACAACCAACUUCAUGUCGAACUUGCGACUGCCUGGCGGAGAGGUACUUACCGUACUUCAUACCAUCGAAUACUACUACUCCCAAGCGAGGCCGUCCCCGUGGGCAGUCCCGGUACCGGGAACGUCAGGGGAACCAAUGGACAUUCAGCCAGCAGCAGUCCAAGAACAUGAACCAAUCUUUGUCAACUCAAUCUCCACCAGCGCAGAACAAUCAUACGGGUCUCAGUCCGUUGAGGCCGAGAGCACAACAGACGACGCCGAUAAUGGACGCUUUUCAGGAAUGGAAUCAAUUAUCGGAAGCGAAUCAGAAUACCAGGAGAGAGCUGAGCUUCCUGUCAGUCUCGACAGCUCCGUCGACGAGUCCGCCCCCACAGACCUCUCCAGACGACGAGACGGACACGAUGAUCAACUCCCUCAUGAGGAACCUGGAAGAGAUGAUGCCGGGUCAGGAUCAGCAGGACCGGCCGCAGUUCGCCAGGAACCCCUUCGGCCCGGAUCAGCCCUCGAGAAGGUCGCCGAGUCUUACGCUGAGCGCGUCCGCUUCGGAAAGGGUCAGAACGCUGGAUCAUCUGCUACCGGAGACCUUGCUGCAAGACCUGACAAUCAGCGAGCCGCAGCCUCUGCCGCAGAGCCUGCCAGAGCCGCCCCAGAUCCCGGAGCAGCCGCACAGGGACCCUCCACCGCCGCAAGAAACCCAGAUGGAAGUCAUGCCCGCCGCCGCAGAAAUCAGGCAGCAGUUUCCCCAGUUCGUCAGCAGGCAACUCCAAGAGCCCAGGAAUUUUCUGUGCGUGCUAGGUUGUGAUUGAAGAUUUUUGGAAAUGGCUUUGGACUCUUAUCAUGGUGAAGAAAAAUGGCUUACACUUUCGGACAAAUAUCAAGGAAAAAAGUUUCUUCAUGUUUUCUCCUUUUCAAAAAUAAUUCCGGAUAUCUAUUUCAAAAUUAUUUCAUAUUUUAAAUUUAUAUAUAUUUUGGAACUCAUAGCUCAAAAAUACCUUUAAUCUUAAUAAGCUCUCUUUGAUAUUCUGCCUUAUAAUUUUCAACCAGUAAUAUUGUAAUUAGUCUCACAACUUUUUGGCCUAUAAUAGUUUAAAAUUUGCUGAUCAGAAAAUAAAAAAUAAUCCACACAAUAUUAAUGCUAGCCAGUUACAAAAUUACCGUUCAUUAAAACUGGCUGAAAAAAAAAAUAAAAUAAAAAAAAAAGAGUAAUUUUUUAAUAUAGGAUAAACAAAUAUUAUUAUAUUUGAAGAUAUACGAAUUAAUGCAAUAAAUUCAUACACAUAUUUUUAUUUUAAUAAUAGCAACAAUUGAACAAGCCAUAACAAUAUAAAUUGACUGAAAUUUCUUAAAUAAAAUAAUUUAAUUCCAA